AUGUUCGGGAAGAAAGAACAGACCGUCGCCAUGGCUCCGCAGGCUGACUCCGAGAAGCACCACAACGACUCCGAGUUUCCGAGCUCCCGCUCGCCGACUUCGUCAGCCUCGGCCGAUCUCGAGAAGGGCUCUGAUGCCAGCGAUGCGCUAGCGCCCGUCGAGGACACAAGGCCGGGCGCGAAGGCCGGGCGCGAAAGCCGGGCUGUCGCUGCCCCAGUUCUGGAAUGUUAUGCUUGGCAAAUUAGGCGACAUCUUCGGUCGUCGGACCGUGUUCAUCGUCGGAACGGUGAUCUUCAUCCUCGGCAGCGGCAUCUGUGGCAGCUCCAAGAGCAUGGACAUGCUGAUCUGGUCCCGAGUGGUGCAGGGGAUCGGCGGCGGUGGGAUCUACGGGUUGGUCAACGUGAUAUCACGGACUUGGUCCCCCUCCGUGAUGUCGGCAAGUACAUCUCAUUCACCGGAUUGGUCUGGGCCAUUGCGGAUGUCGCUGGGCCCCUUCUUGACGGUGCGUUUUCACAGUACGUGACGUGGCGGUGGUGCUUCUACAGCAACCUAUGCAUCUCGCCUAUCAGUCUUCUAAUCACGAUCUUUUUUCUCCGCCUCCCGACCCCCAAGUUCGACAAGGAACGUAUCAAGGACUUCGACAUCCUCGGGACCAUGGCCCUCAUCGGCGGCACGACCUGUCUGCUGAUGGCCAUCUCCUGGGGUGGAAACAACUUCCCGUGGGUGACGCCCGCGUCAUCGGCUGCUUGGUGGGCGGGUUCGUCCUGUUGGUCGGUCCUCUUUGUUGGUUGGGAGCACUUCACGAAGGACCCGCUCAUGCCGCCUUUAUUCCUGCACCGACCCGCCAUCAUCGCCAUCUUUAUCGCCGAGUUCUUUUACGGGGCCAACCUCCUCGGGAUGAUGUACUACGUGCCGCAGUUUUUCCAACUGGUCUACAGUGACUCGGCCACCAUCUCUGGUGUCGCGCUCCUGCUCAUGAUGCUGGGCCUCGCGAUCGGAAACCCCAUCGCUGGUUGGGUCACCAGCAAGUGGGGCCUGACGCUGACAAACGCCUGGGUCGGGGCGGGCCUGACCACGCUGAUUAGCGGCCUCAUCACCCGCUGGCACGCGGGCACCGGCUGCGCGGAAGCCAUCGUCGAGCUGAUCAUCAUCGGUAUUGGGGGCAUGGUGAUCUUCCUGCAGACCGUCGGCGACAUUUUCGAGAUUGCCACCUACGCCGCGCUGUACCAGAACAAGCUGCGCUCCAACCUGGCCCAGCUCGCGGGAGCGUUGACCCCGGAGCAGAUUGGGGUGAUCCUGGCCGACGUGCAGAAGGUCAAGGACGAGUUCUCCGGUGAUCUGUACUACUCGAUUAUCGAGGUAUACGCCAAGAGCUUGCAGAAUAGCUGGUGGUGGUUGUUUACCUGUGCGGCUGCUCUGUUGAUCAGCUCUUGUUGUGCUAGGCAGCGGAAGUUGUAA